AUGGCUUCGUUCAAAGCUACCCUCUUCUUCGCCCUCGUCGCCCUGGUCGCGAUCGUAUCGGCAAUCCCCGCUCCGCAGCAGCCGGCCGCAGCCCGGCAGGCGAUCGAACCGCGGCCAGCACCGGCCGCCGACGCCGCCGACGAGCUGGAAGCUGGUGCGGACGACAAGGACCUGAAGGGUGCAUCCUCGUUCGGCUACGGAUACUACGGCGGCUACCCCGGUUAUUACGGAUACGGCUACCCGGGCUACGCCUACUCCUACGGUUGGGGUCGCUACCCAUACUACCGCUACGGUGGACUGUACGGAGGCUACUGGUACUAG